AUGACCAGCUUCAAAAUUCUUGUGACGGGUGCGACUGGGUAUAUUGGAGGCACCAUACUAUCCGAUCUAGUCAAUUCCCAAAACGACUUCGUACGAAAGUCUAGCAUCUCAGGUCUGGUCCGAGGAGAGGCCAAAGCUAAAGAACUUUCCGGGAAAGGAGUAAAUGUAGAACUUUUCAGUGAUCUCGAUGCGAGUGACGAGAUUGAAAAGAUAGCUGGCGGUUAUGACAUGGUCAUCCAUACAGCCUCUGGCUAUCAUGAAGGAUCCGCAAAAGCUCUGAUAUUGGGGCUAGCAGAAAGGAAGAAGAACACGGGGAAGGAUGUGUACUAUAUCCACACAUCGGGCACAUCCAACUUGGGCGAUCAGCCAAUCACCGGCAAAUACACCGAAACCCGUGUCUUCUCCGACAAAGAAGACAUCUAUUCCUACGAAAAGAUGCGCAACGAGUAA